GACUGCUUAACUUUCACCUGGAGAGAUUUCAGCCCACAUGUGUUGAUGGUUUUGGAUUUUUGUUGCGGAGUCAAAAGGAAGCCAUUAUGAAAUGGGAGAAGUUGAAACCUCCAGAACCAGAUGACCCUAUGUGCUGCUGUGAGUGUGAUAUUGACCAGUACGGAUGUUGCUGUGACUGUGAAGAUUUGGACGAAACCUUCAGCAGGUGGCUGAAAGACAGACCAGGUAAAGGUGGAUGUCAGUCUCCUGUACUUGGGGCCAUAAUUGACAACCUGGAGAUCUCCAUGAUUCCGGCCCUGGUGCUGCUACCCGUCCUGCUGCGGGUUGCAGCCCUGCACUACCUGCUGGGUAUCAUCAUCCUGACAGCUCUGCCCGGCCUGGUGCUGUGGUACUACUACGCCACGCAUAAAAAGAAGAGACGGACCCUCUUCUUCCUCACUCUUGCUCUCUUCUCCCUGUUCUACAUGUAUUACCUCUUCAUCACAGAGAUUUUACCUCGUGGGGACGUCAGCCAGCUGCAGCUGUGUACUGUGACCGCUGGAAUGAUCGUCACUAUCGGUUCUCUUAUUCACACCAAGAGAGGCCCAGGAUUUGUGACCUCUUCCCUACAUGAGGCAGACAGUCACAGUCAGGAGGCUAACAAAGACUCUACACACCUUAAUGGAUCUAUCCAAUCAGCAGCCUCCUCAGGGACUGCAGCAGAGUUGCAGACAACAAAAGAGGCCCUAGCAGCAAAAUGGAGCAGGUGUCCUCUGUGCAAAAUAAUGCGACCCCCGCGGGCCGGACACUGUCGAACCUGUGGAUCCUGUGUACAGCGCCUGGACCACCACUGCGUCUGGAUAAACAGCUGUGUCGGACAGGCAAACCAUCGCAGUUUCCUGUUCACCGUCACAGUGUUCGUGUUGACCUCUGUGUAUGGGAUCAGUUUGGUGCUAUGCAGCCUCUGUCCUCGACAGUAUCUGAUGACGGCUCUCCUCUACUGCCCCGGCGCUUACAGUCAGUCCAGCAUGGCACUUUGCUUCACUUGUGCCUGGUACAGCAGCAUUGUCACAGGUGGACUGCUUUACCUGCUAGUGGCACAGGUUCUAAACAUCAGCUUCAAUGUGACAGAGCGGGAGGCUCAGCUGGCUCUGAGGAACAAAACGGGCCAGAGACGCCUGUGGGGGCUCGUCAUUGACACGGGAGAGUAUUCACGUGGCUUCUAUCAGAACUGGGUUGAGUUCCUCACCAUGGCAGAUGCCUCCGUUUCUUCUCGCUCCAGCCUCACUGACUUGGUCUAGUUUCACUUUGUCCACUCUGGUAACGUCAUGGUAACAGACUGUUAAUACAGCCCUGUGUGAAGAAUUACAUCUCAUGUAUGUCUUAGGAUAUAGCAGCUGAUGUCUUCCGAUGCUUACUGCAUUCCAGCCUUUUAAUACAAUGCACUGAAACCCAUUUUAAGUGUAAAAUAAGUUGCAGAGGAAUAUCAAAGUGCUAAUGCUGACUGCUUAAAAUGCUAGACAAAAAUAUUUGUUUAAGGGUUAGAAGUUGUUGCACGAUUUAUUCAAGGAAAUAAACAGGGAUGAGGCUGCAGGCACUGCCAUGUUACUGUACAUAUUUUCUCUACCUGCAGAAUGUGAACAUCAG